GAAACGGAGAGGUUGGGGGGGAUGUCGUUCAUCACAGAAAUGGGCCGAGGCCAGACGGACGGUACCGUUAUCAUUACAAGCCCUCCCCUCCCUCUUGCAGCAGCAUCCCGGCGCCGCAUCCCUCCAUCCCAAACUGGCGAAUGACGAAGCAGUAGCAACAGACCGCUAACAGCAGCUAGCUAGCGUGCUAACCCCCGCUCCCACCCGCUCCGGCUCGCGACAAACCCGCUGUCUGUGCCACCAAAACCACGACCCCCACCCCGUCUUCUUCUCUCCCGUAUCCUCCUCUCCCUUACCCCACCAACAACACAUGAAAGCAUAUAAUGAUAAUAAUUUCACCUGGUAGUCAAAGAAUGAUAGGGAUGCCCCCUCCUCCUCCUCCUCCCCCUCCUCUAUGGGCACUGGAGCAUCCGACGGAGUAACGUCCCUCAGCGGUGAAAACGGGAGGAGGACAGCGAUGGAUCCAUAGCCGCGGGUGCCGCGUCCAGCCGAAAAGAGGAGGGUUUUUGUGUUCCAGACAGACAGACACACGGACGGACAGACAGGCAGACCCGCUCGGCUCCUGCUCCCUCCGCAGCUCCGCCAGGAAACCUCGCUCGGCUCCGAGUCGGCACGUCACGUUCAGCCAGAUCUGACUGGGAGGACUCCUGCUGCAUUCAGGGGCGGUGGGAAAAACGACAUGUUCGUACACUCAAUGACCUAUCCAGCUGGGAGAUAUAACUGAAGCUGGGAAUUUGGAGUGCGUCGAUAUUGUUCCUAAACUAAGCCCGUGCAAUGAUAACAUUAAGGUCACGCCCAUGGUAUCAGAAAUACCUUUUAUGCGUUUAAAUUUAACUUUUAGUAAUGUAUAGAUUGUUUUUAGGCCCAGACUGUGAAAAAAAAUUAUACGGUGAUAUAAAAUGUAAUUGAAGAGACCAUUUGAUAACUUUUUUAAAAGCAAAAAGAGUUUAAAGAGAGAGAGAUUUCUAUCUGCAAAACGGACUGAAUUUUCAUUAUUUAUGCAAAAUCAAAUAAUAAUUGACUUGUACGCACAUGAUAACUAUCAUGAUUUACAAAAUAGUUAACUUGUUGGACACAAAAUAAUUAACUUGUGCACACCACACGUUUAAUCUGAUAUGUAAAAUAAUAGACAUGAUAUACAAGAUAAUGAACAUGUGUGCACCCAGUACUGUAACUUGCAAUCAAGAAUAACCUAACCAACAAGAUAUCACAGUGCACAUGUGAACUAACAUGAAAGAUAAUUUAAAACUGCAUUCAAGAUAAUUAAUCUGAUACACAAGAUAAUAACUAGUGCACACAUAACCAAAAGAGCAAUACAGCCACUUGUGAGUACUGAAAAAAAAUCAUUCACCUUCAUGAGCUGUAUAAGGAGCUUUAAAAUUCUCUUUAUAGCCAGCACAGGGUGUAAAUGUAAAAACAAAUGUAUUCUCAAUAUUCUGCAUCAAGUCUCUACAUUUUAUUUUUAUUCUCAACAUUUUGCCUAUAUAUCCAAAAUCCAAAAGACAUUUGCAUUCCAGUAGGACCAAAAAAAAUCGAGAUUUAUUGUACAUUCCUCAAAGUGUCUUAGUCUGUGUGCUGCGAUACCGGAAAGCAGGACUUGACAGUGAGUCCCUGAAUGCAACAUCUCUCUCCUCAUGGCAUCCAGGGCUUUUGUUGGUCCCCAGCUUUUGUUGUCUCUCUCUCUCUCUCUCUCUCUCUCUCUCUCUCUCUCUCUCUCUCUCUCUCUCUCUCUCUCUCUCUCUCUCUCUGUUGGAUUUAUGUGUCCACAUUCAGUUCAGUUAUAAUUCAAUUUCAUCUGAACCUCAGCAGACAUCAGUCCUUCUUCUGUACGCACAGCAGCCCCUGAACCCCCCAUGCUGAUAUUCAGACUACCAUUUUUUACCUCCAGACUAUUUUUCAGUGAUUAAUUUGCUCCAGCUUGCCUAAAUGUAUAUAUCACCCACCUUCUCCCCCUCUCCUCCCUCCUCAGCUCUCCUGUGAAUGGGGGCUUUGUUUGGGGAUCCUGGUCCCAGUCUGGCUGCAGGCCUAUACAGACGGGACUGAUGCUGCUGCUUUGCAUUAAUCAAUUACAGUCUGUGACAAAAACAAUUCAUGCUAUGAGACGAGACGGUUUGUGGAUUUAGUUCAGGGGUGUCUGCUUACUGUCAACACAUGAUCACACUGUUCUUUUUUUACAAUCAAUCAAAUUAAUAAAUAAAUCCACAGAUAUUUACUAUUUAUGAAUUCAAAUCAGAAUUUAUCCAGUGGAAAACUUGGGCACUCCAGUUGCUCUUACACAGAAUGUAAGCACAAAGAAAUAAAGUCAAAAUAAAAAGACACCAGAAAUAUGUAACCUAUGUGAACUCUAAGUGAAAUAUGAGUGUACAACACAAUAUAGACAGAAAACUGUACAAAGACAAAAUGCGUAAAAACAUACUAGCCCCUUUCCCUCUUUCUCCUUCCUCUUUCUGUCUGUGUCAUUAACUUUGAAUCAUCAUGUCCCAUCAGAGUCACUAAUUCACAGUCUUUUCUGGGGGUCUCUGAGCUCCAUCAUCUUGUAGGUUCCCCUGCUGCAGACGUUUUGGUGCCGUGGACCUGUCUGCUUUCCUGCUUCUUCAACUACGAGCAUCAAUCUCACCCCUGUUCAUCCCUUUCUUUCAGCAUCUCCCUCUAUCCCCUCUCUAAACCCAAUGCAGAAGCGGCAGAUGACUGUCUAACAUAAGUCUAGUUCUGCUCAAGGUUGCUGCCUGAUAUGGGCAGUUUUUCCUGACAACUGUAACUUGGUAAAUUCUGCAAAGUGUUUCACUCCUGAGGCUGAAGAUGGGAUGGGAGUGGGUCUGAUCUUACAAGAGGAGUCUAUCUGAUCCUGUCUCUACAUUGGGUCUUUGUAAACAGAGUUUGGUAUAUACCUGCUUUUUCUGUUAAGCAUCCUGGAAUGACACUUGUUGUGAAUGAGAAGGUUUUAUACCUGGACCCUGGGUUACAAAUAUCUGCAUUUUCCUUGAGUCCUAUACUAUCAAGGUUUUUUUUUUUGUAUUAAUAUCCAACUUUUUUAGUUGGACUAGGAAAUCAAUAGGAAUGAUUUAAAAUAGUGCUGACUGACAAAAAUCUUUUUAAUAGGAUGAUUUGAUUGUUUUGGUUUAUAUAUUUUGAAGCUAUUCUUUGACCGCUAAAUCUAUGGAGCACAUGAUAAUGUGUUUAAUGACUCCUGCAGUAACCAUAGCAGCAGUGAGUGUGUUACAGAGAUCCCAGUUACUCGUGUCAGUUUGCUCUGUUGUUGGAGGGCAGUGUUGGAUUUCUCUGUCCUGAGUCUCCCGCAGAGGACAGGAGAAUAAACAACAAUACAGAUAACAGAAGAAGAGGAGACACUUUUCUAACCAUAGAGUUAUUCUGUAGAUUCAAGUUCAGCUGAGUGAUCCAGUGUCUCCAGGUUGGUGGUCAGGAACAGACAUUUCACUAAAUUUUAGGUAAGACUGUUUAAAGUUUUUCAACUAAUCAGUCAAUUGAGCUUCAUGGUUUAUUUUACUUUGCAGCAACUGAAACCAAAAAGAAAUGUAAAUAAGGUCUGAAGGUAGCAACUCGGUGACAGUAAUAAAAAUAAAAUACAAGAAGUUAAAACAAUAAAGGGCAAAGAGUUAAGAUAACUUAAAGCGUCUCAAAAUACAUGAACUAGAAACAGGUAAAAAAAAAAAAAAGUUAAAGACAAAUAAAACACUAAAAAAGCAAUAAAAAUAAAUAGUUAAGUGGUUAAGUUAAGAUGACAAAAUUAUAAAGCAAUACUUAAAUCAGCAGUGCCAGAGCCAAGGGGUGGCUCUGACCGCCUUUAAAAUCUAACUGGUCACCCUGAAAUCCUAAACCAUGAUUGGUCAUUAGUCUUGUCAGUGGUGGUAUUUAUACUGAAAUCAAUUCUUUGGUUUGUUUUUUUAACAACUGCUUGAAGAUUUUUUUUGGCAUUCUAAUAGAGAACAUUUUCACUUUGUAGUAGAUAUAAACGCUGACCCUCUGUUCAGUCACUUUUCAAAGCUAAAAAGAUACAAAACCAUGUUUGUACUCUUUAUUGUUAUAAAUUAAAGAUAGAUAUGUUUACUGCAGAUAACCCAACUGAGAUAAGUAAGCCUCUAAUGUAAGUAAGUAAGCAAGUAAGCCUCAAAAUAUGCUUUCUGUUUUGGGUCCCAAAAAAAUUGAAAAUAGGGUCCAGACAUUACAAUAUAUAUCAGUAUUUCCUCUGACCAAUAUGCCAAAUAUUCCAUAAGCAACAGAUCUGGUAUGACUUGCGAUGCAUUAAAGUAAUGUACUAAUCCAAUGUUGAAACUAUCUGACUCAGUCCCUCCUAAACAGAGACAAAUCCAAGGUUUCCUGCAGAGCUGAGUCUGCACUACACUGCAUGAACUUCUCAUACCUGCAUCAUGGUCUUAGUCUGGAUUUAUUAUCAGCUCUCCUCAGGUCCAGGUCUUCAAGUGGACUCAGCCUUGCCCCCUUAGUGAUGGCAGGACCUGGUGUGGCUCUGAGGCUGCACAAGUUCAGAGAGUCUCAGGACUCCACAGAACAAGUUGGACCAAACACAUCGAGGACAAAGUGAGCGAGGGGAAUCACUGAUAGAAACAAUAAUGAUGUAAUUUAAAUAAACCUGAAACUUUUAUUAGAGUGAUAAAAAAUAUCAGUGAAUCAAAAAAUAUUGACAAGAGAUGUAAGUAUGAGGAUCUUGAGCUCUAAUUAUUGUUUCUGUUUUAGACCUUCACGUAUAGGAAGGGACGUUAAUGGCUUAUACCCAGGACAACUUGGCAGAGUCCAUUUAAGACACUCAAAUGAUUUGGGGUAAGAAUAUAGACGGUUAGUACGAGUGAAUUUAAGAUCACUCUAGUUUUAAGUAAUAUUUAUAUUUAUCAAAAGGAGACCCUGGCCUGCUGAAUACUGAGACAUAAUCAGGAUUAAAUAAAAAGAACCUAAAUCAAAAUAUAUUUCAUUAGAAUAUAUAUGCAUAUAUAUUGCAUUCCCAUAUAUGAAAUAUACUGUAUGAACAUAUGAGGUGGAAGCAUUUAUGUACCUAUUUGGAAAAACUUUAUAUGAAACCUGUUGGAAAUUAUCAGAAAAAAGACAAAAGUCAACGUGUGUCCAAUAUAACAAUACCUGGCUCUGUCCUUUGUCCAAUCACAGUUCUGAUCCUUACAGAAGAAGAUCACAGCCCCUCCAGGAGUCUCCUCAGCCUCCAGACCCUCCAUGUGAGACCUACCAGCAGAGUUUUGACCUCCUCACCCUCAGAGCUCUGAACCUCCUCGGUCACAAUCCUGCAGUCAUGGAACAGAGCCCCCCUCAGACAACUUACCAGGAGCAGUUUGGUCUGCUGUCUCCUCUCUUUUCUAAAUAAUCAAACGAAAAGGACUUUUUAACUGCACAAACAUUCAGUGUGUGGGAGUGUUUGGAGAUAAAUAAAUACUUCAAAAUGUUAACAUGCUGCUCGGAAAAAGAGUUUGUGCACUUAUGCACACUUUUGUUGUUGCAGGUGCAACAAGAACACAGAUACAAUAUUCUAUUACAGGUUAAGUGGGACUAGACUUGUGUUUGUCACCUUCGAAUAAGUCCUGUUUUCAUUUGAAGUCUGCAGUUACAUUAAGUGGCCACAAGAGGGAGCUUUUAUUCAGAUUAUUGUGCUGGUUUAACAGCAAAUGUGAUUCAAAUUUUUUUUUUCUAACAAAUGGAACAAUUUUAUAUUGAAUUAAUAAAAGCACCCGUAUCCUAUUUAGA